UUUACCAGUCUCCUCUUCGUGCAGUCUUUCUUCACCUUUCCCUUUUUGUUCUCUCCUCCUUCCUUCAAUCUCUGCUCACCUCCGUUUACUUUCUCUCUCGUCAAAUAACCGAAGCAGAGAGUGAGAGAAGAAGCGUAUAAAAUCUCCUUCUACUGUUCUUCAAUUUCAAAACCAUCUCGAAACUUCUCAAAGCUAUCUAUCUAUCUAUAUAUUUCUGUUACAGUUUCUUAGAUGGAUUUAGGUUUACUUCUCUAUGCAUCGGAUUUUCGGCAAUAGGAAGAAGACCACCGCCGCCACCGCCACCGCCGCCAUGGAUUCAAAGAAGCUCCGACGGAAACCCAAGCUCGAGCGCCGUAAUGCACUCAAGUACUUUGAAUACGAUGCUGGAUCGUCGUCUUCCUCGCUUGAUGACUCCUCCGGCUCGCUGUAUACUCGUUCCAUGGAGCUUCACGACCGGACUAGCUUCCGGAUUGAAGGAAUUGAAGGCGAGUUUGAUCGGAUUUGCAAGAGUUUGGGGUUGUCCGGGCCGGAGGAUUUCGCGAUUCCCGCGGCGGCGUGGGAGGCUAUGAAGGUUCGGUCGUCGUCGGAUAUUCUUCCGAGGUUGAAGCUGAACGAGCUCGAUCUUCAGGAGAAGGUGGAAGAGGUGCGGAACGCGGUGGAGGGAGGUGAAUUGAGUGAGAAUUGUGUAGAGGGAGUUAGGGAUAGGGUUAGGGAUGAGGCUACUGAGACUACCGGGUGCUGCGGUGAGAGUGGUGGUGGUGGUGGGGGAAUCAAUGGGGUUCGUCCUCCGAUGCUUAAGCCGCCGCCGGGGGUGAGGGUUCCGGUUGUUGACCACCACGCGUGUUCCACUUGGGACCUCUUUAGGGAAUUGGCUCCGGUAGGUGAAGGGGUUUGUGAGGAAGAAGGAGGAAGAGUGGAGGAAGAAGGAGGAAGAGCGGAGGAAGAAGGAGGAGGGGAGGUUGGUAGUGUCAGUCCGAAGAGGGAAGAGGAACAGGGGGUGGGUGAUGCAGAGAGGAUUGCGGAGAUUGAUGCUGGGCUUUCGGAAUCGAGUUCGUUUACCACGUCGAAUGAAGGUGAUUCUUCUAGCACGGAUGUGUCUCCUAACACGAGAAUCAAGCGUGUUAUUACCACCGGUUGCUGGCAAAAGGGCGAGUUCCUGGGGGGUGGCUCGUUUGGGUCUGUCUAUGAAGGAAUUUCUGACGAUGGAUUCUUUUUUGCUGUCAAAGAAGUUUCACUGCUUGAUCAAGGGAGUCAGGGAAAACAAAGUGUCUUUCAACUGGAGCAGGAAAUUGCACUUUUGAGUCGAUUUGAACAUGAAAAUAUAGUGCAAUACUAUGGCACUGAAAUGGAUGAAUCAAAGCUGUAUAUCUUUCUUGAGCUUAUAACUAAAGGUUCCCUUAGAAGCCUCUAUCAAAGGUAUACUCUUCGAGAUUCCCAAGUAUCUGGUUAUACAAGACAGAUUCUGCUUGGUUUGAAGUAUCUUCAUGAGCAAAAUGUGAUUCACAGGGAUAUUAAGUGUGCAAAUAUAUUGGUGGAUGCAAAUGGAUCUGUCAAGCUUGCAGACUUUGGAUUAGCAAAGGCAACAAAAUUAAAUGACAUUAAAUCAUGCAAGGGGACAGCAUUCUGGAUGGCCCCUGAGGUUGUGAAAGGAAAGAACAAAGGUUAUGGGCUUCCAGCUGAUAUGUGGAGUCUAGGAUGCACUGUGCUGGAAAUGCUAACACGCCAAAUUCCAUACUCCAAUAUGGAACCGAUGCAGGCCUUAUUUAGAAUUGGUAAAGGUGAGCGACCUCUUAUUCCUGAUUCUCUUUCAAGAGAUGCACAGGAUUUUGUCCUGCAGUGCCUUCAAGUUAAUCCAGAUGAUCGGCCUACUGCUGCUCAUCUCUUAAACCACCCAUUUGUCCAAAGGCCACUUUCCCACUCUUCAUUUCCUCACAUGCAUGACAGAAGGGGUUAAACUAACUAUGUCAUUUUCAACUAUGAAACAUAACGGAGAUGUUCAGUCUUAAAGCCGCUGGAGUUGAUCUGGGGUCCAUUAUUGCAGCAAUUGUUGCUUUGGUCAGGUGGCAUUCAGAGUUUGCUUGUUUGUAACUUAGAUAUAUUUUUAAGCACUGCUUUGGAUCAAGUGAUAUGGUGGUGCUCAGAAGUUAACUCGGCAAUGUCAUUUUGGAGAACCAUGCUCAAUGUGUUAUCUAGUUACAAUGAUGAUUUGUCCAUUGUAGCAAAGGUAAAAUAUCAAUGUGGAGGUGAGAAAAAGUUACACUGCCUUCCAUUCAAAUUAGCUAACCGGUGAAGAAAAUUUAUAGGGCUUAGCUCUCGUAGCAAUAAGGGCAGGAAUGGGAGACCAUUCUAUUUGUACAUAUUUAUUGGCAUGCCAUUGUUUGUGCUAAUUUAUAUUUUAAAUGUGUUAUUUUAUAA